GUAUCUUCUCGUCAGUAUUAGUUUAGAGGGUUCUGAUUUUCUAAAUUAUAGAAAAUAGGCUCACUACAUCUGUGAUCUUGGACAAAAGAUAUAAGGAAUGCAAAGAGAACCAGAAACAAUGUAGUAUUUUUCACUACACGCAACACAGAUAAGUGUUACCCAUUAGACCAUGUAAAAGUGAAAGCACAAGGAUAGUGGUGGCAGCAAUAACCUUCGUUGUAACUAUUGUAUUGACUUUGACAUUGUAUGGGAAAUUUAAAAUGCAAGAUAUUUAUGUUAGAAUGUUAUGAACCAAUUGGGUCGACAGAAAAUUCCUACUGCAUUGAGGGAGAGGCACUAUGCAAACAGGGUCGUGUCUAAAGAUGGUGAUUCUAGCUGUCCUCAAUAUUUCCAUCACAAAACAAAACUCUGAUGCCUUUUCUGUGUCAGCCCCUCAUGUUUCAGUCACAGCAUGGCCAGGUUCCUCUGUCAUUCUGCCUUGUGAACUCUCACCUACCUUUGAUGCAAAACCAUUGAAGGUGUGCUGGUAUCGGCAUGAUAACUUCUUCACCUACAAACCUGCCUUGUUUUACAAAGACCACAAGACCCAGGAGGACUUUGUGGAUCCCCAUUACAGGGGCAGAGUGUCUCUAAUUGGGGAGCUGGAGAAGGGGAACUUGUCCCUGAGACUGGAGAGGGUCACCCCAGAGGACAGAGGGGAGUAUGUGUGUUGUGUCAGCAGUGAACAGUGUAUUGAUAAAGCCAGGGUGUUCCUCACAAUUAAUGGUAAGUAGCUGGGGACAUUGACACUGAAAACAUGCUUUGUUUAAUCUCUUUGUGGUUGUCACUUGCCUUCAU